ACACACCUCUCAACUCAUCGAUUUGAUUGGUCAAUGCUGAUGAGAUCGGCUAAAUCUCCAAAAGCUGAUCGGGAACAAACAAAACAAAACUAUUUUGUGGUAAUCAUCUUGUCGCCUCUCCCUCAGUACGUUCUUUGGUUUUUCUCGACAAACUGAUCGCAAACAGGUGUAAGAUAAAAAAACAGUAGUUGUUCUAAAGGUAUUCUAAGUGAUUGUACAACCAUGGCAGAUCUUCCGGUAUACGAUAAAGAAACCGAAAACUUCUCUCGGUUAUGCUGCUUACUCAUCUGUGAAGGUACAGAUGCUAUGAAGAACUUUUUCUUUAGUCAUAUAUCUAUACUACCAACAAACCUACAUGAUUUUUUGGCAAGUAACAAGGACAACCUUAUUAAAAAAAUGAAACCAGCUGUACUAACAAAGACCCAACAAAAGAAGUUAUUUCCAUCAAAGGGCAAAGUUGAUAUAAACAAACUUGACAUUACACUGAUAUUCUUGUUAAUAAAACAUUUAUGCAACUUCAGUUUUACUGAGUUACAGUGGCAUGAUAUGCAUGGUGAUUCUGAUCUAGCUAACAUUGUCAGACUGAAGAACAUUAGAAAUGCCAAAGCACAUGCUCACUGCUGUCGUAUCAGUGAACCAGAUUUCAGAAAUGAAUGGAUUCGCUUGUCAAAAAUCCUCCAAAAAUUAGGUGUCGAUAAGAAGGUAAUUGACUUGUAUGCAAAACAGGACAUUAGCAUCACUGAUCAACAUAAGUUCAUUGAAGAACUCCGACAUGAUGGAAGGGAAUUGAAAGACAUGGUAUGUAGUGUGUUCAAGGAGUUAGAGACAGUCAAGAAAGAUGUCUCAACUGUCAGAGAGAACAAUGAGUUGUUAAUAAAAGAGAUGAAUUUCAAACAUGACAUUUUGUUGGAUGGUCAAAAAAAGGUAAAGUGUUCAUUAAAGACAUUAACUGAUCAACUAGAUGUUUUGAAUCAACCGAAAUGUGCUGACAACCCAAAACACUAUGGUGCACAAAAUCAGUUAUCACAAUUUGAAACCUCUUCACCACCAAACUACAAAACCAUUCCAAAGGGAUCAGCUGCUACAAGUAAAGUACAGAUGAGUAAACAUAAUAUUAAUGCAUUACAAGCAGAUCGACUAGAUAAAGAUGUACCAGAAGGAAGCAAUAUGCUAUUAAAGAAGACAUGUAAUUUAAAUUUGCAUGCAAUAUCAACAAAGUUAGAUCUACCUAAUAUCCCUGUG